UCCUAUUCCAUCCCAUCCUGCCUGGGUAUCCUCACAUCCUCCCCCCAAACCUCGUCUACCUCCCUGGCCCUGCUGACCCAGCUCGCGCCUCGUCCGGCGACUCUCUCUCCGCCACGGUUGUCGCCACCACACGACCGAACACACGGAGCGUGGCACUCGACUGGGUGAGCUUUUCGCCCCUCGCUCGGGCCCUUGCCCAUCCCACAUCCCGUCGUGCACCGGGCUCCCGUCGCCGCGGCCAUCACCCCCUCCGCAUCUCCAACUUCCGGCUACUCUUUGCGGCGCAGGGUUCGACUCAUUUGCCCCAGAUCGCUCUCGCCCGCUAGCACGCGGCACGAUAUCAACGCGAAUACCACUAGCGGCUGGCCUACUGCUCGCCCCAAAUUCUCGCUCGCACACUGCGCCUCUGGUGGAACAACUUGGCCCCCUUCGGUCACGCCCGCGUCUCCUUCCUCCCCCACGCCCUUCCACCAACGGCGUUCCAGAAGUCUCUCGCCUCAAGCCCUUGAACUUGGUAUUCUUGUUCCCGAGGGGUCGCAUCUCCGCAGCCCCAGCCAAGCCGUGGUCCGCUUGAGGAUCGCCUGCCAGAGUCAGACAACUUGCUUGACGUCUUGCGAUCGCCGGGGUUGUAUCUCACCUGUCCCUCCCAGGUGUCCCCUGCUCUCGCAGUUUGUUUUCACUCUGCAUUUCAACCCGAUACUGGCCUCUCAUAUGCUGGUACUUUCUGACCAAGGCAUCGACAAAACCUGCGACAGCACCCAAGAGGCAGCCGACACCCCCAUUUUGCCAGCUCCCCGGUCGUUUUGACCUAUCUAGGGCCAAAGUGGUGUCGUCGGAUGACACUGCGGCGUCUUCAACGAGGCAACUUGUCAGAAGCCACUCUCAGCGACUCGGUCUGAUUUCUAUUCACCUUUCACCUUCUUUUCUCUGGCGCCUGACCGAAGCAUCACUCGGGCACGUCCUGCCGUACCCCACACCACGUCGUGGAUGAGUGCCGACAACAGAAUCGCCGUGACAUAAGGGGUCGCCGGUGCGGAAAUAUCGGCCUGACCCUUUCCAACACCGCGCGUGGUUCCACGAAUCAGGACAAUGGCUGCCGUGCAGCAGCUGUUAACCAGCCCCUCGCCCGGGCCCUCCCCCGCCAUGGGGUUAAAUGGCAACCCGGCAUCUCCCGCCAUGGAUCUCGACGCCAGACCAAGCCAAAGCCCCGUCAUGCUUCAUGGGAGAUCACUUCGAGGAGCUCCUGAAGAAGGAGACAAGAGGAUAGUCGUCUUCGUGUACGGUCAUGGACAGGAUCGCAUCGUAUCUGUCUUCGCCGAGGUCCUGGGCAAGCCCUUCAGAUUAAAGAGCAGCUUUGGCGAUAUCGUCGCCGCCGACCGUGGGUAUGUUAUCGGCAUAUUGGCUGGCGAGGCCAAAGCGGACGUCGAGACGAGAGACCGGGAGCUGGUCGUUGCCAUCAACGCCCAUUGCGUCCAUCUGGGCAUGCCCCCUGAUGCCCAACUAUCGACUCACUGCGACUACGAAUUCCUUUAUACCGAGCCUUCAUCUUUUAGACGCUACCUGGCGAGAUUCAUCUCAUUCGUCCUGGGACAGGUAAGCCAUCAUGAGGAACUCAUGGCCAAGCCCAGGACAUACUUCAUGUCGACCACGUUCCCCGAUGUUCGGGCCGCCCUGCCAAACCUGGACAUCCUGACUGUCGGCUCCGAUGCUGUCGAAAUUCGCGUCGACCUACUUCGGGAGCCUCUUGGCGGCGGGAACUUUGCAGGCGUGCCCAGUCUUAGCUACGUGGGCGAGCAGGUGAUGCUUCUGCGCCAGCGAACCGAGUUGCCCAUCAUUUUUACAACCAGGUGCACGAAUGAGAAUGGCAGGUUUCCCAUGGACGACCCGGAUCUCUACCACCGUUACUUAUACAAGGCCAUCCAGUGGGGAGUCGAAUACAUCGACGUCGAGCUUUGGCUGCCAGAGGCAAUUCGACGGGACCUCUACACUAGGAGGGGGAACUCGCGCAUCAUGUCUGCAUUCCACGAUUUUUCGGGGACGUUCCGCUGGCCGUCGCAGUAUGCACUCGAUGUCUUCCAACGAUCAUGCCCGUAUUCCGACUUAGUUAAGAUGAUUGCUAUUAUCAACGAGCAUAACGAGAACUUUGAGCUCGAAUACUUCCGGUCAAAGAUACGCGCCGAGUUCCCUGACGCGCCUCCGUUUUCUGGAAUCAACAUGGCCGAGGUAGGACAGAUCUCGCGAACGUUGAACAAGGUCUUCACACCGAUCACGCAUCCACUACUCCCCCUCAUAGCUGCCCCUGGUCAGAUGAGCACCGCCGAGAUACACAGUGCGUUGGCUAUGGUCGGUCAGCUGCCGAAGAAGAACAUAUUUGGCGUUAGCAUAUCGACAUUCCGAAGCGCGGUGCCCCAGGCGCCUUUCUAUGAGAAAUGCUUCAACGAGCUGGGGCUCCCCCACCAUUUCGCCAUGGUCGAGCGGCCGCCAAACAACUUCACGGGCAUGGAAGUGUGGUGCAACCAGAAAGAUUUUGGGGGUGCCUACCUAGAUCCGGGCAUUUCGGUGCAGACACUCACAAAACACAACAAGUUUUUCGCCGGUUUGAACAACGGACGAGGCCCAACUCUGACGGAAGCAGCUAGAGCCAUUGGCAUCGUGGAUACCAUCGUCGUCAAAGCUGGGUCGUCGGCAUCGUCGACGCCGGCCUCGCUGCCAUCGAGCCCGCCGCAUCAGCAAGCAGACGGCACGACGGCAUCGAGGCAAGAGGGCCUCGGUUCCAACGCUUCGCUCAUAUUCGACAAUGCUGGGUGGCGGGGGAUCAUGCAUGCCUUGAUCAGGGACUUGGCGCCCUCGGCAUACUUUGGACGGGCGGCCGUGGUGCUCGCCUCUGCCUCGGACGACGCGGCACCCGUAUUUUAUGCGCUCAAGGCGCUCAAGAUUGCAAAAAUCUACACGGUCGGUUUCCGGACCCCACCCGGCCUCGCGCGCAACGCACCGCCCAUCGAGCAGUUUAUAAGUAUGGAGUCGUUGCAACGAGCACGAUCCGUCGCAGACGACACGGCUCCGUUCGUAAUCGUGUCAGCGCUAGGGCCGGGUAAGAGCAACCUCGUCAGCAUGCUGGUGAGGGUCUUUGGCGCCUCCGGACCACGAAACGGGUCAAACACUAAGAAGGUGUUCCUCAAUCUUGCCGACGUGACGGCACAAAGCAAGAGCGAUCCGAGCGAUGCCGCCGAGAAGAGUGGGUUUUUGGCAUACGGCGCGGCCGAUGUGGCGGCGUUUUCGACGGUGGAAAGCCUUCGCCUGCUGGUCGGGCAAAACGUCCCGUACAGCUUCGUCCGGCUUGCCAGUGGCAGGAACCCGUUUUAAGGCGUUGCUGUGCUGGAUGGGGCAACGUGGACGCGAAGCUUGGCCCGGUCCCGUCGGUGACACGGGGAUCGGAUGGGGAAGCAUAGGCCUUGCUUGGAUGCGCGGGGUGGAUGACGGUGGAAAUUUACGAACAGCAAGCAUCUGUGUAUGGCGUUUGGGGGGGGAACAACGGGGGCAGUGGUGCCGCUAGGUAUGGACUGUUGGAGUUGGCUACUCAUCACGUAGCCCGCCAUUUGUCUCUUUUUUUCUAUUGACGUGGCUUGAAUACAUGUUGCUCGGCGAGGCCGGUGUUUUGGUCGGGGAGGGGGCAUGCAUGUACGAAAUAGUCUCGAGCGGUCUGCAGUCAGCAAUUGAUAACAAGUUGAAGAGA